CUUUGCUCAAGUAGUUCAGAAUAUCGUCUCUUCCUUUUAGCACUCACAACCUUUCUCUAAGCUCUGUCAAUAAUCCAAAGCGUUUCUCACUCUACACAUCUUCAAUGGCCUGUUUAGAGGUCUGCAACGAGGGCAAGUUCAAAGAAGAUGAAGAGGGAACCACAAACACACUUGAUGGAAGUGUAGACAUGCAUGGCCGCCCAGCAAUCAGAGCAAAAUCCGGAAGAUGGGUCGCUGGAAUCAUCAUUCUUGUGAACCAAGGUCUGGCUACCCUAGCAUUCUUUGGAGUUGGGGUGAACCUGGUCCUUUUCUUAACCAGGGUGUUGCAACAAAACAAUGCGACGGCAGCUAACAGUGUGAGCAAAUGGACCGGAACCGUCUACAUCUUCUCCCUAGUUGGUGCUUUCCUCAGUGAUUCUUAUUGGGGACGCUACAAAACCUGUGCCAUCUUUCAAAUCAUAUUUGUCAUAGGGCUGGCAUCAUUGUCACUAUCAUCGCAACUCUUCUUACUGAGGCCCAAAGGUUGUGGGAGCCAAGAAAAUCCAUGUGGAACUCAUGAAAGCUACCAAAUUGUGUUAUUCUACCUCUCCAUCUACCUCAUUGCCCUAGGAAAUGGAGGGUACCAACCAAACAUUGCAACAUUUGGAGCUGAUCAGUUUGAUGAAGAGGACCGCAGGGAAGGACACUCAAAGGUGGCAUUUUUCAGCUACUUCUACUUGGCAAUGAACCUAGGCUCCCUUUUCUCCAACACCAUAUUGGGGUACUUCGAGGAUGAAGGAAUUUGGGCAAUUGGGUUCUGGGCGUCCACUGCGUCUGCAUUUGCAGCAUUGGUCCUGUUUCUUAUAGGGACUCCUAGGUACAGGCACUUCAAACCAAAUGGUAACCCUCUUGCAAGGUUUUGCCAAGUCUUAGUUGCUGCUGUGAAAAAAGGCAAGGUAGAGAUGCCAUCAGGUGGAGAGGAGCUAUACACAGAGGAAAGGAAGGAGUCUUCCAUGAAUGGCAACCGAAAGAUCCUCUACACCCAUGGGUUCAAGUUCCUGGACAGGGCAGCAUAUAUCUCAUCAAGAGAUUUAGACAACCAGAAGCAAGGUCUCCACAACCCAUGGCGUCUCUGCCCAAUUACACAAGUGGAAGAAGUUAAAUGCAUUCUAAGGUUACUCCCAAUUUGGCUGUGCACCAUUCUCUAUUCAGUGGUUUUUACACAAAUGGCUUCUCUAUUUGUAGAGCAAGGAGCUGCUAUGAAAACGACUGUUUCAAACUUCCGCAUUCCGCCAGCGAGCAUGUCUAGCUUUGAUAUCCUCAGUGUGGCAGUUUUCAUUUUCUUUUACCGCCGAAUUCUUGACCCACUUGUGAGCAAAAUAAGAAAAUCAGAUUCCAGAGGACUUACUGAGCUUCAGAGAAUGGGAAUUGGCCUUGUUAUAGCAAUCUUGGCAAUGCUUUCAGCUGGAAUAGUGGAGUGCUACAGACUUAAGUAUGCAAAGAAAGAAUGCACCCAUUGCGAUGGUUCAAGCACCCUAAGCAUCUUCUGGCAAAUACCUCAGUAUGCAUUCAUAGGUGCUUCUGAGGUUUUCAUGUAUGUAGGUCAGUUGGAGUUCUUCAAUGCACAAGCACCGGAUGGACUGAAGAGCUUUGGAAGUGCCCUGUGCAUGACAUCCAUAUCUCUGGGUAACUACGUUAGCAGCUUGCUUGUGAGUAUGGUCAUGAAGAUAUCAACUGAGGAUCACAUGCCCGGAUGGAUUCCUGGAAACCUCAACAAAGGUCACCUAGAUAGAUUUUACUUCCUCUUAGCUGCCUUGACAUCAAUAGAUUUGAUUGUCUACAUUGCAUGCGCCAAGUGGUACAAGUGUAUCAAGUUGGAGGGAAGAUUUGAAGAAAAUGAAGAUCAAGAAAACUUCAAAGUAUGAUGGAAACAUCAAGGAGGCAUGUUAAGACCUAUGCUAGUAACCUAUAUUAAAUAAGAUGAAUGAGGUCAUAAACAGCGGGGUUAAGAGAAUCUCUUUCUUACCAACUCUCUUACACCCGUUUUUCUCUGUAUCUUAAGCAGCAACACUGUACUUUGACUGUGCAGGCUGUUCGAGUAGUGAGUGGUGUGUUGGAAGAGGUGGGUAGCUUUUGGUUUAGGUCUUAGAUCUUCCCUCAUUCUCAUUUGUUUGUUUUAUUGCUAGCUACAGAAUAUACAUGUGCUUCUAGAGAAAUCUAUUGUAAUGAUGGGAACUCUUUGAAGCUGUCGUAAUAAGUAUGUAAGAGAACUGCUCUGACCUUUAUGGAAGCACCUCUUCCUUCA